AUGGGAAAUACCAAUAGUACACACAAGAUCUCUUCGCAAGAUCGCGCGAUUUUAGACCUCAAAAACCAGCGCGAUAAACUAAAACAGUACCGCAAACGCAUCACAGUCCUCACGGAUCGCGAGACCGAAAUAGCGAAAGAAUGUCUCGCGCAGAAUGAUCGGCGACGGGCACUGCUCGCCCUCCGUCGCAAGAAAUACCAAGAGUCGCUCCUAGACAAGACAGACAGCCAACUUGAGCAACUGGAACAACUAGCAGGCCAGGUGGAGUUUGCGCUCGUACAGAAGGAUGUCUUGUUCGGCUUGCAACAGGGUACCGAAGUGCUCAAGGCCAUCAACAAUGAAAUGGGAGGCAUCGAGGCUGUGGAGCGAUUAUUAGGAGAGACAGAGGAGGCACGCGCUUACCAAGAGGAGGUGAGCCAGAUGUUAGAGGGUAAUCUUACAAACCAGGACGAGGAAGACGUCGAGGAUGAAUUGGAGGCUUUGCAGCGUGAGCUCGCUGAACCAAUACCGCUGCCGAAUGUUCCCAAAACCGAACUUCUUAUCCCAGAGCCGGAACAGGCGACGCUCGCCGCCAAUCAAUCCAAAUCCAAAUCUAACGCCCGGACGGCGAUGCUGGCUGUAUGA